AUGAUGCGGGAAAGUGAGAUCGGGAGCGCCGUCGUCAGCCUCUCCCUGUCAACGGCGAUAGCGAGCGCGGCAGCAGCAGCGGGCGAGGGCGCGGGCCCCUUGCAAGCGGGCCUCUCGUUCCUCCCUGGCGGCGCGCUCUCCUUGGUCCCCAUCGCCUGCUACUGCUACGCCCGCCCCUGCCACCUCUCGCCCCACUCCCUGCUGCUCGUGCGCUCCGCAGGUUCUGAUGCCCCUCCGAGGCACGAGGCACGAGAGGCAGAAGCAGGGGGGCGCACUGCCGCUGCCGCAGCUGCCAACGCAGCGCCUGCGGCACCUCCUGCAGGGAAUGGCCGCCCUGCUCUCAUCGCCCUGCAGCAUCUCUCGCAUCUCCUCCCGGACCCCGCCACCCUACUGCUCUCCACCAACCUGCUUUUCCACGCCAACACACAUCCUUCCCCCACUUUCUUCCUCUAUCUGUCUCUCGCCCCUCUUCCCGCCCUCCACCACAGGCACGCCCUGCAGCACCUCGCUCGUGUCCUCCCCGACCCCGCCGCCCUGCCUCUCUCCACCGGCCUGCUCUUCCACCUGCUCUCUCAAGCCUGCCUCUGCGCCAUGCCGCGCUCCUCCCUGCUCUUCCUCUUCCAACCUGCCGCUCACGGCCUCACGAGAGAUGUUGGGUUGGUGCACCAUCUGCUGCCCCCCCUCCCCAUCCCCCAUGUCCAUGUGAGUGCGUGCUGCCCCUCCGCAUCCCAUGCCGUGCCUUACCAUUCCUCGCGCCGCUCCUCCCUUCUCUUCCUCUACCGACCUGCUUCUCUCCCUUGA